GUGCGUUCGCUCCUUUACUCUUCUUUCCCAAAUCAUCCGACACCUUUUCGUGACAUGAUGCCGCCCGCCCCCCUCCAACCAUCAUCCAAAUAACCCUCCUCCGCCUUUCAUUCGGAAAGCAUUGUUCGUCCAUGUCCUCGCUCGUACUGGCAGCUUCAACGUCGGCCUUACACUCGACUCAUGUUCACAGAGCCGUUUGUAUCAUUCACAAACAGCGGAGAGACGAUAGGCACUGACUGCCGCCCCAGCUUAUCACGAACUGGCGCUACUGCAUUUCGCUACUACCGGAACGUACCUACACUACCACACUCUACCUAAGCCGAACUGAAGCUACCCUGCUGUUUGGUUGCUUUUGGGGCACGCACGAUAAGGAUCGCCCAUCACCCCAGCCAGUCGAUCCAAGGCCCAGCCGAUUUACGGUUAGUUCGAGUGCCUUCCUUACCUUACCGUUCACUGCCUCCAGAUGUCAUCUCUCCCUCCUGUCGCCCUCCCCAAGUGCCCUUUCCUGGUGCCCUCUUUCUACCCUCUCCACCCUGUCUGUCCCCCUUGUACUGCCCCCGUGCUCCCACGCCUGUCUAAUUAGUACCCCAACCUGUCAUGGUAACAAACAUUCUCCUUCCUCCUUCCUUCCAACAUAUCUCAAACUCGGGUCAAUCAGACGGACGAUUCGAGCAUCUUUCUCUCUCAUGCUCAUCUCAUGAGCAUUCGAAGGCCUCCUCUAUCAUUCGUCUGUUGUGUCUGUUACCAACUCGACGUCUAACAUAGUUUGGUUGGAUUGCAGGUAUUACCAACUUGGCACAAGAGUCGCGCCCCGUUGUACGCGUGGGUUUAGGCCUUGAUUGCAGCUCCACCGUCUUUCCAACCCAGCCCCGACUGUUCGCAGACAGCCGGUGCACAGCUUCAAUUGCGAACAGCUGCCGGGUCAAGGCAACAAAGUGAACGAGACAGGAACAGAGAACAGAAAGAACAUUAUACACACCUCAACAUGGCGACGAUUGCCCUUCCGAGACCCAUUGCCCCGCACCGCCCAACGUCGACGGUGGGAUCCGUCCCAACCAUAUCGCUCGAGUCCAUUGGCACUGCUCAACUGCCCGUACCAAACAAGCAUCUUCCAGUUUGUCCUCCAGGUCCUGUUCCCGCCGAGGAGCCAAAUACUCCUCCUCCAUCACCUCCUCGCGACGACGAUUUGAUUCAGCAGACUUCGUUGUUGUUCCCCCCCGACAAGUUCUCCAAAUUCGAGUCGGGCCCGGCCACCGUAUAUACCGUGAGCGCCGCCGAUGUGGCUGCUGCUGUCGACUAUAUCUCCCGUCAGCCCUUGCCGGAUCCAAACCAAGUCUUCCCAUGGUUCCAUGGUCUUCAUCCUCACAAUCAUAUCCAGCAGGCUUUUUUCAUCGCCCGCCACCGUUCACUCCGCAAAACACCUACAUGUGUUCGAGGGGUCACGCUCGUCAAAGCGGACGGCGAUCUGAGCGUCGCCCGCCUCAAAGGUGCUAUAGCCCCACAGGAGCUCAUCAAUCUGGCCGCCGCCGAACCCGAAUUUCUCGAUGUCGAUCCUCGCGAUGGCUUUUGUGUAAGGAAUUUCCAGAUUCAGGCUGCAAAAGCUGCCAUGGUUUCGGACAUUGUUGUUUAUGGUCAGGAUGAGACGGCUGUUCGCAAAGUGAGCCUUGAUAUUGCGACGGCACAGCUUCGAUGGCGACAGAGGCACGAAGCUCAGGGCCACACUGUUCCGGAAUACAACACGUUCAUGUGUUGUUCGCCAUUCAACAACUUUGAGAACAACCACAAGGAGAUUGUUGCUGUCGACGCCCAGGGCCACUUGACUGGCAAUGUCCUCGACUUUUUCCACCAAGAGCGGAAGGAGAUGUAUGACAUGACCAGAGCAUCGGAAAUAUCCCACAAUGUUUGGCUCGGUCCAACACCAGAACCUUCCUCAGGGGAGGACCAACAGUUCGAUGUUUUGAUCGAAUGUAGUGAUGUCGGUCGGCUUAACCCUUCGGCACUGAGGGCCUUGGCUGAGUCCCGCAUUGAACCUACUCAGAGGCCCUACAUUGACUUCCCCUCUUCUGGAAGCAUCUUACCACCUACAUGGUCACAAGCCGAAGCUGAUGGCAUUUUGGAAACCUGCAAGUGGAUUUAUCACUUAGCCCAUGGCACGCUUCCAGCUACAGACAGCACCGAUAUCGAUAGGGACGGUGACACCGGUAUGAACGGGCAGGCUCUGUCGCCUGUUAAUAGGAGAGAGAGAAAGAUUCUUAUCCACUGUGCCGAUGGAUACACCGAGUCUACCAUGCUUGGAAUCGCGUACUUCAGCUACAGCACUGGCAGGGGCAUUCCCGAUGCUUGGCUGGACUUGCAUACCAUCAAGAAGCGGAAUUUCUUCGCCUAUCCUACUGAUGUUGCUCUUCUUACCUGUAUCGAGGCCCGAUUGCUACAUGAGUCGCCUAUUCACUCAGGUAAGGGCCUCGGCGAAAUCACAUCGCUGAUCAAGGAACCAGCAUGGCUUCCCGGUCUAGAUGGGUCAUUGCCUAGCAGAGUUCUUGAGUAUAUGUACCUCGGUAACCUAUGUCACGCGAACAACCCCGACCUGUUGAGGGCCAUGGGGAUAACUCAGAUUUUGAGUGUUGGCGAGACUUCGAUGUGGAGGGAAGGCGAGCUGGAGGAGUGGGGUCCAGAAAACGUCUGCAUUGUACAAGGAGUGCAGGAUAACGGAAUUGAUCCUUUGACGGAUGAAUUCGAGAGAUGCCUCGAUUUUAUUGAGCGUGGCCGGCGCAACGGAACAGCCACAUUAGUACAUUGCCGCGUCGGAGUAUCGCGCAGUGCAACCAUCUGCAUCGCCGAAGUAAUGCGGUCGUUGGGUCUGUCAUUUCCCCGAGCAUAUUGCUUCGUCCGAGCCCGCAGGCUCAAUGUCAUUAUUCAACCCCACCUCCGUUUCGCGUACGAGCUUCUCAAAUGGGAAGAGCUCAACCAGUCGAAGAAGAAGGGCUCAUCUAGGGUGAAGCGGGAACUUGAAUGGGGUGAAAUCGCCAGGGAGAUCGCUCUGAUGAACCGUCCUUACGCCAGGUAAACUCGACUUCUUUCCCGACCCGGCGGCGUGACGCGUAUUCUUCUCUCUUGCGUCGACUCCGAAACCUAUAUCUCUCGUUUACUCGCCCACGUGGAUCGUCGGACAUUCUUUAAUAUUACAUUGAUACCAGUCUUGGAUACAUCACAGACAGCUGAGCAACCGGCCCCAAGGUCUGGUCGGUAGCUGUGAACUUGGGUUUGUAUCCUCAGUGGUGAAACUUCACGUGGAAUGAUAUGUGCGGAUAUACGACUGAUGGAAUGGCGCUAUGGUAUGAUCUCCUGUAGGAGCGAGUUUUCUUAAGGGGGGGAGGGGUUUACUUUGGGAUGGACUGCCUGGCGCAUGAUUUUGACAGCUGUAUUUCGGCUGGCCUGGUGUUUACGUGACUAUUUCUAUUUUAGGGUGGUGGCGGGGGCAUCUUCAAAGCCUUCGUGCAUACAAUCUUUUGAUAAUAAAGGAUACUUGACCGCC